ACUGUUACCGCGACAGCCUUCACCAAGUAAAGCCUUCCUGUCAGCUACCCUGAUGAGGCCUUGCCUUAUUCUUUCCAGUUCCAGAUUCUUUUCUCACUGAGGCUGGCGCCUUGUUCUUCUUGUCCUUUCCCACUCGACGCCCUGGUUUGGCUUUCGACGAUUCGCCUGCAUUAAGUUCGCUCAGCACGGGCUGCUGAACCAUGCUCCUUGCAGCUUUUCUAUUGGCUUUUGUGGUACCGAUACAAUAUGUAUGGGCUUUGAACAUAACCUUUCCCUCCCCUCCAACGGCCGCUCAAAACAAUACCUUUCUUUGGAUGCGAGAGAACGGUGAUCCAGGGAAAAUCUGGUUGAGGAAGCAGAAGCUCGAUGAUGAUCAUGGUGCUACUUCAUGGUCUGGUGACAGUGAUAGUGCACAGUUGGAUUUGACAAUUUCUACCGGAAGCGCUCAGAUUCAUUUCCACAGAGCAGGGCUAUUCAAUGUUGGGGUUUUCAAGAUGGAGGACAACUCAAAUCACAACAAAGGAAUGGCACCUGUCUCGGUUAAACAAUUGACCGUAUCCGUGAAUCCGACUUCUGCUGGCGCCAUCAGUGGGACCUCGCCGACCCCACCACCUGUAUCAGCCUCUUCUCCGGUUGGCAGUAGUUCACCAAAUCAAAUGCCAUCGCACGAGAAAUAUGAAGGCAAGACACCCAACGUAGCCCUCAUCGUUGGCCUAACUCUCGGAUUCGCGACUCUCCUCGUCAUAGCUGGCGCUACCAUCUUGUACUUCCGCUGCAGAUAUCGAAGGAUGUCCGAUGCGAUGCCAAUACCAUUCCAGAACAACCGGAUGAUACGCGAGUCGGACAGUGAGAGUUGCGCGAGUUUCGAGAAAUGCGAUAGUCCUCCCCCAAUUCAAACGCUAUAUUCCGUUCCAACCUCUGGGUCGUUCUCCGUCACCAGCCCCAUCGCCGCCGCUACUCGGGAGCGAGAACGUCGACGGAACAAGUUCUUACGAUUUUCAUUCACUACCAUCAAUUCCUCAACCAAUUCGCGUUCGACAAUAACGAGUAACAGUCGCACAACAGACUCAUCAGAGUCCCCUUUACCUCCUGUACCUGCGCGACCACGGACAGAUCGGCAGAUGUUGAUUGAGCAAAAGAUUCAGUUGCUACAGUCAAAGAUGAUCAUUUUGCAGGGUCGGUCGAAGACGACAUCGCAGAUUUACGUUCGCCCUUUACCACCCUUACCACCUGCUUCUCCGGGUUCUCCUAGCAGACUUCCAACGACACCCAUACCUCUUACUCCGCUGCCAACAAGUGAUGAAAAGAAGGAACUUAAAAGGCUGACUGAGACGGUUGAGAGGACGAAACAGUUGCAUGAAUCUGAUUGGGCACUUGGUUUGACCGACCUGGCGCCAGAGGGGCUACAUGAUUGAUGUUGACCGGUCUAACAUCAGUUGAGUUAAGGCCUCGCUCGUGACGGUGUUUAUACGGAAUCCUGUGUUUGUAUAAUCCUGUGUUGUAGAAUUUAUUGAUACCUUCGUUGAUGUUUUCUUGUCGUUCACUGUGUUGUACUAUGUCAAUAGGAUGUUGUAUCA